AUGGGGCUUAGAGCUAGAGCAGAUUCUCCAAUUGAAAACAUUCUUGGCAAGUAUUCAUCUGUCAAAGAUCUUGUAGUCAAGCGGCAUGAAGGUGACAAGAGAGAAAAGGGGGGAGAAAAGGGGAGAGAAGAGAGAAAAGGGGGAGAAGAGGACAAGGAGGAGAGAGAGGAAAAGACUUGGAAGAGAGAAAAGGGGACAAGGAGGAAAGGAGAGAACAAGAAGAAACAGAGAGAGGAAAAGACUUGGAAGAGAGAAAAGGGGACAGGAAAGAAAAGAGAGAACAAGAAGAAACAGGACAAGGAGGAAAGGAGAGAACAAGAAGAAACAGAGAGAGGAAAAGACUUGGAAGAAAGAAAAGGGGACAAAGGAGGAAAGAAGAGAACAAGAAAAAACCGAGCAAAGGAUAAAGGAAAAGACCUGGAAGAGAGAAAAGGGGACAAGGAGGAAAGGAGAGAACAAGAAGAAACAGAGCAAGAAGAAACAGAGCAAAAGAGAGAGGAAAAGACUUGGAAAAAAGGAGGAUACCGAAUGGACUAG